GUAGGCAAAAGCGCCCCCCCGGGCGGCCCGGGGCGAGGACGUUGGCGUUGGCUUAACCCUAGUCCUGGCAAUUCGAGGAACGUUCGGACACGCAGACGCACGCUUUGCUAACCGCGUGAUAGGCGCCAAGUAACCAGAGCCUAGACAGCAACGUCACGCUUUCAAUUUGAGGCUGGGAAAGACUUUGCCGCCAUGCUUCUAUGCCCAUGCAACGGGGCGUGCUAGCCGUACUCGCACAAGUUGUGAGUGCACGCGUUGCUCUCCCUUAUUAGGUGCGGCCGCACUUCGGCCAGUAGUUGCAACCAUGGACACUCAGCUACGCGCGCAGCAGCGCGCGAGCUCGCGUCUUGACAGCAGCUCGCGGCAGGCAGUUCCUAGCGUUCCACGCGUUCCCGCUACCCAGCGCGUUGCUAAGGCUCAGGCCAAGAAUGUGAAGCGCGGUGUGGCUGCUCAGCCUGUGGCCGGCCGCUCGGUCGCGCCGCUCGCGGCGGUCGCUCAGUCUGGGGCUUCACUGGAGGUCGUGACCCCCGACGUCAUGGAGGCGGUCGCGACCGUUGUGGCCAACGAGCCCAAGGUUGCUGAUAUGGAGGAGAUUCUCGCCGAGCGCGAUGCCUGCGGCGUGGGCUUCAUCGCGAACCUGAAGAACGUUCAGAGCCACACCGUCGUGAAGCAGGCUCUGACCGCUCUGGGCUGCAUGGAGCACCGCGGUGCUUGCUCUGCGGACGAUGACUCGGGAGAUGGUGCGGGUCUUAUGACUCAAAUCCCCUGGAAGCUGCUGAAGAAGGAGAUGCCCGCGCUGAACGAGACGACCACGGGUGUCGGCAUGGUGUUCAUGCCCAAUGAUGACGCUCUAGAGGCGCAGUGCAAGCAGAUCCUGGAGCAGGUCUGCGCCAAGGAGGGCGUGAAGGUGGUGGGCUGGCGCAAGGUGCCCGUCAACCACGACAUCGUGGGCCGCUUCGCCAAAGUGACGGAGCCGCGCAUCUGGCAGGUCCUGAUUGAGGGCAAGUCCGGUCAGGUCGGCGACGAGCUGGAGCGUGAGCUGUUCCUGGUGCGCAAGCUGGUGGAGAAGGCUAAGAACGCCGCGCUGCCCGCUGAGUUCGCUCCCGACUUCUACAUUUGCACGCUGUCCAGCCGCACCAUUGUGUACAAGGGCAUGCUGCGCUCGGCGGUCGUGGGCACCUUCUUCCGCGACCUGGAAAACCCCGACUUCGAGUCGGCGUUCGCCAUCUACCACCGCCGCUUCUCCACCAACACCACCCCCAAGUGGCCACUGGCGCAGCCCAUGCGCGUGCUGGGCCACAACGGCGAGAUCAACACCCUGCAGGGCAACCUGAACUGGGUUGCCUCGCGCGAGCACGAGCUGAGCAACCCCAUCUGGAAGGGCCGCGAGGCGGAGCUGACGCCGCUGUGCAACGCCGCGCAGUCGGACAGCGCCAACCUGGACAACGUGGCGGAGCUGCUGGUGCGCACCGGCACCGACCCGCAGGACGCGCUCAUGCUGCUGGUGCCGGAGGCCUACCGCAACCACCCCGACCUCAUGAAGGAGUACCCCGAGGUGGUGGACUUCUACGAGUUCUACGAGGGCCUGCAGGAGGGCUGGGACGGCCCCGCGCUGCUGGUGUUCUCCGACGGCAAGCGCGUGGGCGCCCGCCUGGACCGCAACGGCCUGCGCCCCGCGCGCUUCUGGCAGACCAAGGACGACAUGAUUUACGUGGCCUCCGAGGUGGGCGUGCUGGGUGACGCCAUCACCAACGCCGAGAACAUCGUGGCCAAGGGCCGCCUGGGCCCCGGCCAGAUGGUGUGCGCCGAUCUGGAGAAGGGCAUUUUCUCGGAGACGUCGGCCAUCAGCAAGCUGGUGGCUGGCCGCAAGCCCUACAAGGAGUGGCUGGCCGCCUCGCUGCGCCGCCUGACGGACCUGGGCGAGAGCACCUUCCUGAACGAGCCCAUGUACGACGCCGCUACCAUGCUGCGCCUGCAGUCCGCCAUCGGCAUGGACGCCGAGAACGCGCAGAUGGUGGUGGAGAGCCAGGCGCAGACCGGCGUGGAGCCCACCUACUGCAUGGGUGACGACAUCCCGCUGGCCGUGCUGUCGGACAAGCCGCACAUGCUGUACGACUACUUCAAGCAGCGCUUCGCGCAGGUGACCAACCCGCCCAUCGACCCGCUGCGUGAGGGCCUGGUCAUGAGCCUGGAGAUGCGCCUGGGCGCGCGCGGCAACCUGCUGAACCCCGGCGCCGACAGCUACAAGCAGGUGCUACUGGACUCGCCCAUCCUGCUGGAGAGCGAGAUGCAGGCCAUCUCCACCGACAAGGUGCUGGGCUCCAAGACCUUCAAGCUGUUCUUCGAGGCCGGCAAGCCCGGCGCCAUGGAGGCGGCGCUGAAGAAGCUGUGCUCGGACGUGGAGGCCGCCGUCAAGGCCGGCUGCCAGUGCGUGGUGCUGUCGGACCGCCCCGACGGCGGUAUGGACGCCGGUAAGGCGCCCAUCCCCGCGCUGCUGGCCACCGGCGCCGUGCACCACCACCUGAUCCGCACCUCGCUGCGCAGCGACACCUCGAUCGUGGUGGACACCGCCACCUGCUACAGCACCCACCACGCCGCCAUGCUGAUCGGCUUCGGCGCGCACGCCAUCUGCCCCUACCUGGGCUACGAGACCAGCCGCCAGUGGCGCCUGUCGGCGCGCACGCAGAGCCUGAUCAAGGCCGGCAAGGUGCCGGACAUCAGCGUCAAGGUGGCGCAGAAGAACUUCAAGAAGUCGCUGGAGAAGGGCGUGCUCAAGAUCCUGUCCAAGAUGGGCAUCUCGCUGCUGUCGUGCUACCACGGCGCGCAGAUCUUCGAGGCGUACGGCCUGGGCAAGGACGUGAUGGACAUGUGCUUCAAGGGCACCGUGUCGCGCAUUGGCGGCAUGAGCCUGGCGGACCUGCAGCGCGAGUCCGAGAGCCUGUGGGCCAAGGGCUUCCCCGAGAAGGCCAUGACCAAGCUGGAGGACUACGGCUUCAUCCAGUCCAAGCCCAAGGGUGAGUUCCACUCCAACAACCAGACCAUGGCCAAGCUGCUGCACAAGGCCAUCGGCCUGGGCAACGGCUCCGCUGCCGACAAGGACGCCUACAAGGCCUACCAGCAGCACUUCGCGGACUCGCCCGUGGCCGUCCUGCGCGACUGCCUGGAGUUCAAGUCGGACCGCGGCCCCAUCUCCAUUGACCAGGUGGAGCCCGCCGCCGCCAUCAUGGAGCGCUUCUGCACCGGUGGCAUGUCGCUGGGCGCCAUCUCGCGCGAGACGCACGAGACCAUCGCCAUCGCCAUGAACCGCAUCGGCGGCAAGUCCAACUCGGGCGAGGGCGGCGAGGACCCGAUCCGCUGGCUGCACCUGUCGGACGUGGACGGCGAGGGCAAGUCCGCCACCGCCUCCUACCUGCGCGGCCUGCGCAACGGCGACACCGCCACCUCCAAGAUCAAGCAGGUGGCGUCGGGCCGCUUCGGCGUCACGCCCGAGUACAUCAUGAACGCGGAGCAGAUGGAGAUUAAGAUUGCGCAGGGCGCCAAGCCCGGUGAGGGCGGCCAGCUGCCCGGCCAGAAGGUGUCGCCCUACAUCGCGCAGCUGCGCCGCUCCAAGCCCGGCGUGCCGCUCAUCUCGCCCCCUCCCCACCACGACAUCUACUCCAUUGAGGACCUGGCGCAGCUCAUCUACGACCUGCACCAGGUCAACCCCCGCGCCAAGGUGUCGGUCAAGCUGGUGGCCGAGGCCGGCAUCGGCGUCGUCGCCAGCGGCGUGGCCAAGGCCAACGCCGACAUCAUCCAGGUGUCUGGCCACGACGGCGGCACCGGCGCCUCGCCCAUCUCGUCCAUCAAGCACGCGGGCGGCCCCAUGGAGAUGGGCCUGGCGGAGACGCACCAGACGCUGGUGCGCAACGAGCUGCGCGAGCGCGUGGUGCUGCGCGUGGACGGCGGCGUGCGCAACGGCCGCGACGUGCUGAUGGGCGCGCUGAUGGGCGCCGACGAGUUCGGCUUCGGCACCGUGGCCAUGAUUGCCACCGGCUGCAUCAUGGCGCGCGUGUGCCACACCAACAACUGCCCCGUGGGCGUGGCGUCGCAGCGCGAGGAGCUGCGCGCGCGCUUCCCUGGCGCCCCCGAGGACCUGGUCAACUACUUCCACUUCGUUGCCGAGGAGGUCCGUGCCGAGCUGGCCAACAUGGGCUACCGCAGCCUGGAUGAGGUCAUUGGCCGCGCCGACCUGCUGAAGCAGCGCUCCGUCAAGCUGGCCAAGACCGAGGGCCUGGACCUGUCCUUCCUCACCACCUUCGCCGGCGCCAGCGGCAAGUCCUCGACCCGCCGCGCGCAGGAGGUGCACGACAACGGCCCGCAGCUGGACGACCGCAUCCUGGCGGAACCCGAGGUGAUGGCCGCCAUCAAGGACCACAAGACCGUGUCCAAGGCCUUCGAGAUCGUCAACGUGGACCGCUCCUCGCUAGGCCGCGUUGCCGGUGUCAUCGCCAAGCACCACGGCGACAGCGGCUUCCAGGGCAAGGUCAAGCUGACGCUGACCGGCUCGGGCGGCCAGUCGUUCGGCUGCUUCUGCGUCAAGGGCCUGGAGGUGAAGCUGGUGGGUGAGGCCAACGACUACGUGGGCAAGGGCAUGAACGGCGGCGAGAUCGCCAUCGUGCCGCCCGCCAACUCGCCCUUCAAGCCCGAGGAGGCCUCGCUGGUCGGCAACACUUGCCUGUACGGCGCCACCGGCGGCCGGCUGUUCGUGAACGGCCGCGCCGGCGAGCGCUUCGCGGUGCGCAACUCGCUAGCGGAGGCGGUGGUGGAGGGCGCGGGCGACCACUGCUGCGAGUACAUGACUGGCGGCUGCGUGAUCGUGCUGGGCUCGGUGGGCCGCAACGUGGCGGCGGGCAUGACGGGCGGCCUGGGCUACUUCCUGGAUGAGGACGGCUCGUUCACGGACAAGGUCAACACGGAGAUCGUUAGCGUGCAGCGCGUGAUCACCAAGGCCGGAGAGGCGCAGCUGCGGGGGCUGCUGGAGGCGCACGUGGCGCACACUGGCAGCGCCAAGGCCAAGAGCCUGCUGGCCAACUGGGAGGCGUCGCUGGGCAAGUUCUGGCAGCUGGUGCCGCCCGCGGAGAAGAACACCGCCGAGGUCAACCCCUCGGUGGCGCAGCCGGCGGCGGCUGGCGCCAAGGUGGCUGUCAGCGCAUGAGUAUGCUCAACUCAUGCAGCGGGUUGUGCGCGGGAGCUGGGGUAGACUAUGUGCGUGUGUUGGACUGAUUCGGGAACGACUGACUGUGAUUGUGGGCACGGCGCCGGGCUAGCCGGGCUGGCCGGGGUGCAGCAGUGCAUGCCAGGCGAGGAUAGGGGUAGUGCAUGGGGACGGGGGUGGGGCCUCGGCAGGGAGGCCGUUGGUUUCGAGGACGGCGGCAUUGGCGCAGUGAUCGUGCGGGGGCGGGCGUCCACCCAGCAGUGUCAGGCCGUAGUCUUGGGGACACCGCACCACGUGGGAUUCAACCCGUGGGGCGUGUGAGGCGUCUGUUGCGCGCGGGUGCCGACGCAGGCACGCCCCUUGACUCCGACGUGGCCUCAGCAGGUGAUGGGCUAGUGUAUCGUGAGCUUUUGUACUUGCGUCGUACGCUGAGGAUGCCCCGUUGCGGAUGGGGGAGUGUGGAGUGUAUCAUACCCUGCAGGCUCAAAACAGCAGCAGAGUGAAUCUGCGUGCGGCCGCCGCGAAACUCGGGGCGGCGAGCUCGACGGCGCAUUCUGAUGGCUGGGUGCCAGGCACUGGGGCGAAGAGAUGAGCGGAUGAGUGAGGCAGGUACCUGCGACUUGGCAGGUUACUAAGAGGAGUGAACAAAUUUUCGGCUGGCUUGGCCGGGUGAGGAAAAGGAUUGCGCGUCGGUCGUUAGGCUGUAAACGCGUUAGAAUUCCGUAAGUCAUGCCCAGUCCCCAGUAGGUCUGUCGAUGGGUCGCCAGCGGCGGGCCAGCCGUCCCAGGAACCGGGAGUCAAGAGUGCCGGUACGUGACAGGGACUAAUCCGUCAUGCUGAGGCAUUCAUUGUAGGUCCCUGGGGUUCUGGAGCCGGUGGGCUAGCUGCCGGAGCAGUUGAUACCUUGACGGGGGACGAACAAAGCGCUGCAUCUGAGCGGCAGCAAAGCGAACCGGAGUGAGCACUGCAAACGGGCUGGAUGUGUUGAGUUGAUGAAGCUACCCCUGCUAGGAACGCUACCCUGAAGUCCUGUCGUGUCGUUCAUUAA